CUGCGUCAUUUCCGUUGUGUUGCUGUAACGAACUACAAGUAGAAGAUGGACGUCGCCGAGUUUGGUCUUUUUCUGUCAGUGUGUUGAAACAUGUUGUGGACGUAAUGGAGCAGGAAGGUGUGUCGAGGCCCCCUGCUGCCGAGAGCAGUAGCUCCAUAGACAAAGAAAUAUGGUGUUUGAAGCGAGUCGGAAAGAAUACCGAGUGGCUCCGGCUGCCGGAAGAUACAGAGGUUAUGCUUGGACGUGGUCUGAACGUCACCUACCAGAUAUUUUCCUCGACAUGUCCUUUAAUGAUAUCCAGGAAGCACUGCCUGCUUAAGCAGAACAGUGGUGGCCAGUGGACAGUGACUGAUAAAACGAGCGUCAAUGGUGUGUGGGUGAAUGAGGAACGGAUCCCAACUGAGAAGGCAGUGAUCCUCAAUGUUGGGGACUCAGUCAAGCUUGGCGUUCCUGUUGACGGCAUGCGGGUGGAGUUUGAGUACGUGCUGGUGCGGGACUUCUUGCGGACUCUUGAGCCCUUCUUGUUGACCGAGGAGCACAGUGUGGGCUCCAAAUCUAGGAAGGCUAAACGAAAGUUUUCUGUGGAGGAGACCGCUGCUCCCGCCGAGUCACAAUCCAAGCUCUACCGGUGCUCCAGCACAGAUAAAUUCCUGGACAGGUCGUGCCCCAUACCGAGUGACCUGCCAGCAAGUCCCAGGUCCCUGGAGGCUGCAGGGCCCAGCCGGAUGUCCCCCACUACCGGGGUGUCAUGUGUGCUCUCUGACGGAAGCUCGGGGAUAGCCUGUGUACAGCAGCACAACCAGAACAUGCAGAUGAUGAGGAACCAACUGCUGGAGCUGGAGCGACAGGUGGCCAGCUUGCAGGCGGAGAGCCCCGGCCAGCAGGAGGAGAUGGAGAAAAAACAACAACGGGAGAGUCUGAAGAAGCAAUUGGAGAACACGCUGCUAGAGCGCAGGAAGCUCAUUGAGGAGCUGAAGCUCUCUCGUCAGGGCUUUGAGGAGAUCCUUCAGGCUAAAGAUAAGGAGCUUGAGGAGAAGGAGAAGGCCUGGGCUCAGAAACAAGAAGUGGUAUCUCAGAUGACGGAGGUUCUGGAGAGCGAGCUUCAGUGUAUCAUCUGCUCUGAGCUUUUUAUUGAGGCUGUAACGCUGAACUGCGCCCAUAGCUUCUGCCUCCACUGCAUCAGCGAGUGGCGCAAGCGCCGGAAUGAGUGUCCCAUCUGCCGACAGGCCAUUGUGUCACAGACCCGCUCCCUGGUGCUAGACAACUGCAUUGACCGCAUGUUGGAGAAGCUGGGCACCGAAGUGAGGCAGCACCGGCAGGCCCUCCUCAGGCAGCGGGAAGCCCUGGAUGUAGCAGCACCCAUUACCCCUGAAACCAGCCCCAGCAGCAGCUUCCUAAUAGUCAACAGCAGUGAUCUCUCAUCCUCAGAGAGCAACAGCAUCAUCAUGUCCCCAGACUCCUCUCUGGACAAUGACAGCAUUGUGUCCCUGAUCGCCUCUCCAGAGAGCAGCCGAGUGUCCCCAGUCCUCUCUGUGGAUGAUGACAGCCUUGUAUCAUUGGUCCCCUCGUCAGGGAGCAACCGUGUUUCCCCUGUGCCCUCGUCAGGGAGCAGCCAUGUGUCCCCUGUGCCCUCGUCAGGGAGCAGCCGCUUGUCCCCUGUGCCCUCGUCAGGGAGCAGUCGCUUGUCCCCUGUGCCCUCAUCGGGGAGCAGCCACGUGUCCCCUGUGCCCUCAUUGGGGAGCAGCCACGUGUCCCCUGUGCCCUCGUCGGGGAGCAGCCACGUGUCCCCUGUGCCCUCGUCGGGGAGCAGCCACGUGUCCCCUGUGCCCUAUUCGGGGAGCAGCCACGUGUCCCCUGUGCCCUCGUCGGGGAGCAGCCACGUGUCCCCUGUGCCCUCGUCGGGGAGCAGCCACGUGUCCCCUGUGCCCUCGUCGGGGAGCAGCCGCGUGUCCCCUGUGCCCUCGUCGGGGAGCAGCCGCGUGUCCCCUGUGCCCUCUUCGGGGAGCAGCCGCGUGUCCCCUGUGCCCUCUUCGGGGAGCAGCCACGUGUCCCCUGUGCAGUCGUCGGGGAGCAGCCAAGUGUCCCCUGUGCACUCGUCGGGGAGCAGCCGCGGGUCCCCCGUUCUGUCUUUGGAGAGCAGCCUCGUGUCCCCUGUGACCUCCCCAGAAAGCUCCAGCUGGAGCGACGUCUCUCUUGCCUUCAGUGACAUCAUGUAGGGUACCACCUGCGUUAGACUGUUAUUCUUUUGAUUUUUUUUUUUCCUCCUUUUGAGUGCUGGGGCGUGGGGGGUUAGGUGUAUUGCAAAUUUAGCCAAAAUUUUACUUUAUUCUGUGCUGUCAUGCAAUUUACAUUGAUCACCUUCCCUCUGAAGCACUAAAAUGUUACCUCAGGCACUAUUUGUGCUGCAUUGCAGUUGUAUUGCUCUUAUGUAAAAUGUAGGUACAGAAUUUGGGCAAAAUUAGAAAAUUUCAUAAAACCUUAAUGUCAAAGCUGUGUUUGUGUGAUUAUUGUUGGAAGUUUCACUGGAAACUAAGUGUAGGAAGCCGAAAACAGUAUUUUCGUAGCGCUGGACAGUUAGUGCCUUUACGUGACACAAGGUGGUACUAUUGUGUCAGUGUUAAGGAGUAAGAGAUUUCCAACACUAGAUCAUUUUAACAUCUGUGAAACUUUGAAGUAUUGAAAGUAUUCAAGUAUUAGUAAAAAGUAUUUGAAGUAUUCAAAUAUGCAAUAAAUAUUUUUAUACUGAACA